CCCGCGCGCGCCGCCCGUGCAGUCCCUGCUUAAGAGACCCCGGAGUGGGGCGCUCGCCGGGAGCCAGGCCGCGUCCGCCAUAGUGCCUGGGUCGGUGGUGUCGCCGGCGCCCGGGGAGCGUCGGAGAGCGGCCGCGGGAGGCCCCGCAAGGAAGCCCUUGCCGUCGCCCGGCAGUUCCCGGGCCUGUUCUCGCGGUUCUGGGCCGAAAGGCAGCGGGAGCGGAAGGCGACAGAAGGCGGAGCAGCCGGCGAGAGGAAGCGUCCGGGAGCCUCGGCGGCGUCGCCAGCGUCCGCCGAAGCCCCCCCGGCCGCCGGCGGGGUCCGGGGUGGUGAGGACGCGCGUCGAGGCCCGGCGGAGGCCCGGCGCCGGCUGUGUGGCGGCGGCGGCGGCGGCGGGGGGGAGGCGGAGCCGGGCGGCCUGCGGAAGGCCUCUCCUCCGCCGACCGCGCGUCUGGGCCUAGGCCGCGGGCCGCGCGUGGCCGCCGGGGAGCAGGCGCCAGGGGCGUGGGGGGGGGCCUGGGCCUGGGCCUGGGGCCGCCGACGCCGGUCGUCCGGAAGCCGGGAGGAGGCGAGAGGCCGCUCGUGGACUCCGGGCCGAGGCCCUCGCCCCUCAACCUUCUCCCGGGGCCCGGGUCACCCCGAUCCACGGAGACAGACCCACCGGGAGGUGCGGCCGCGCUAUGGACCCCUGACCCCGCGGGGUCACUCGGACUCGUCACGUGUGGACUGACCGCUACUGACUGCACCGCCUGCCCCCCGGUCUCCUGCCGGCCCGUAGCAUGAGCGGGGGGGACUCCGCCGGGUGACAUUGUGCCCGUUGGCCGAGUCUCCGUGUCCCCGGCCCCGUCCUCGGCCGCCGCCUUGCGCACCAAGUGCUUCUGAGUCUCGAGGGGUUCUGGAGGCUGGUGUCGACGAAGCCCCCGCUCGGGGUGGGGGGUGUCGAGUCCGAGGCCUGCGGGUCCUCCCGUGUCUCUGAGUGUUUUGUGUGUGUGCAUAUUCUGCUCUUGCGGUGAUAAAUACACUUCUGUUGAGCGUGUCCACGUCUGCUCGCUGAACCUAGGAACCCUCGGGCACCAUGUCCUGUGUUCAUUACAAAUUUUCUUCUAAACUCAACUACGACACCGUCACGUUCGAUGGGCUGCACAUCUCGCUGUGCGACUUGAAGAAGCAGAUCAUGGGGAGAGAGAAGCUGAAGGCGGCCGACUGCGACCUGCAGAUCACCAACGCGCAGACCAAGGAAGAAUAUACAGAUGACAGUGCUCUAAUCCCUAAGAAUUCAUCUGUGAUUGUUAGAAGGAUUCCUAUUGGAGGCGUUAAAUCUACAAGCAAGACGUAUGUUAUAAGUCGAACUGAACCAGUGAUGGGAACUUCAAAAGCAAUUGAUGCCUCUUCUGCGUCUAUUUCUCUGGCCCAGCUCACAAAGACCGCCAAUCUGGCUGAAGCCAAUGCUUCUGAAGAAGAUAAAAUUAAAGCGAUGAUGUCGCAAUCUGGCCAUGAAUACGACCCAAUCAAUUACAUGAAGAAACCCCUCGGCCCGCCGCCUCCAUCUUACACCUGCUUCCGUUGCGGUAAACCCGGCCACUAUAUUAAGAACUGCCCGACAAAUGGGGAUAAGAACUUUGAAUCUGGUCCUAGGAUUAAAAAGAGUACUGGGAUUCCCCGGAGUUUUAUGAUGGAAGUGAAGGAUCCGAACAUGAAGGGGGCCAUGCUCACCAACACGGGGAAGUACGCAAUACCGACUAUCGACGCAGAAGCAUAUGCAAUUGGGAAGAAAGAAAAACCACCUUUCUUACCAGAGGAGCCGUCGUCUUCCUCCGAGGAAGACGACCCUAUUCCGGAUGAGCUGUUGUGUCUCAUAUGCAAGGACAUCAUGACGGAUGCCGUCGUCAUCCCCUGCUGUGGGAACAGCUACUGUGAUGAAUGUAUAAGAACAGCGCUCUUGGAAUCAGAUGAUCAUACCUGUCCAACCUGUCAUCAGAAUGAUGUCUCCCCUGACGCUUUGAUUGCCAAUAAAUUCUUACGGCAGGCUGUGAAUAACUUCAAAAAUGAAACUGGUUAUACGAAAAGACUGCGGAAGCAGCUGCCCCCCCCGCCGCCCCCGAUCCCCCCUCCGAGACCACUCCUUCAGCGGAACCUGCAGCCCCUGAUGAGAUCGCCGAUAUCGAGACAGCAGGACCCCCUGAUGAUUCCAGUGACGUCGUCCUCGGCUCACCCGGCCCCUUCUCUGUCGUCUUUAACUUCUAAUCAGUCGUCCUCGGCCCCCGCUGUGCCUGGAAAUCCACCUUCUGCCCCAGCCCCUGUACCUGACAUCACAGCUACGGUCUCCAUAUCGGUCCACUCAGAAAAGGCAGACGGGCCUUUCCGGGAUUCUGAUAGUAAAAUACUGCCAGCUGCAGCCCUUGCAUCUGAACAUUCAAAGGGAACGUCCUCGAUUGCAAUCACUGCUCUUAUGGAAGAGAAGGGUUACCAGGUGCCUGUACUUGGAACCCCGUCUUUACUGGGACAGUCAUUAUUGCACGGACAGUUGAUCCCUACGACUGGUCCAGUAAGAAUAAAUACUGCUCGUCCGGGUGCUGGCCGACCAGGCUGGGAACAUUCCAACAAGCUUGGCUAUCUGGUUUCCCCGCCACAGCAAAUCAGAAGAGGGGAGAGGAGCUGCUACAGAAGUAUAAACCGUGGACGACACCACAGCGAAAGAUCACAGAGAACGCAAGGCCCGUCACUACCAACAACUCCAGUCUUUGUACCUGUGCCACCCCCUCCUCUGUACCCGCCUCCUCCCCACACGCUGCCUCUCCCUCCAGGUGUCCCCCCACCGCAGUUUUCUCCUCAGUUUCCUCCUGGCCAGCCACCACCUGCUGGGUACAGUGUCCCUCCCCCAGGGUUCCCGCCAGCUCCGGCCAAUUUGUCAGCACCUUGGGUAUCGUCAGGCGUGCAGACAGCUCAUUCAAACACCAUCCCAACAACCCAGGCACCACCUUUGUCCAGGGAAGAGUUCUACAGAGAACAGCGGCGGCUGAAAGAAGAGGAAAAGAAAAAGUCCAAGCUAGAUGAGUUUACAAAUGAUUUUGCUAAGGAAUUGAUGGAAUACAAAAAGAUUCAAAAGGAGCGUAGGCGCUCAUUUUCCAGGUCUAAAUCUCCCUAUAGUGGGUCAUCAUAUUCGAGAAGUUCGUACACUUACUCUAAAUCGAGGUCUGGCUCCACACGGUCCCGCUCUUACUCGCGGUCAUUUAGCCGCUCGCACUCCCGUUCCUACUCACGGUCACCUCCGUACCCCAGAAGAGGCCGAGGCAAGAGCCGGAAUUACCGUUCUCGGUCCAGGUCUCAUGGAUACCACCGCUCUAGGUCACGGUCACCCCCCUACCGACGGUACCAUUCUCGAUCAAGGUCCCCGCAGGCCUUUCGGGGCCAGUCACCCAGUAAACGUGCUGCACCCCAAGGGGAAACAGAACGUGAGUAUUUUAACAGAUACAGAGAAGUCCCACCACCAUAUGACAUCAAGGCUUAUUAUGGCAGGAAUGUUGACUUUCGAGACCCAUUUGAAAAAGAACGUUACCGAGAAUGGGAGAGAAAAUACAGAGAGUGGUAUGAAAAAUAUUACAAAGGUUAUGCUGCUGGAGCUCAGCCCCGACCAUCAGCAAACAGAGAGAACUUUUCUCCGGAGAGGUUUUUACCACUUACAAUCAGGAAUUCUCCCUUCACAAGAGGCCGCAGAGAAGAUUAUUCUGGUGGACAAAGUCACAGGAGUAGAAACAUAGGCGGCAACUACCCAGAAAAGCUUUCCACUAGAGACAGUCACAAUCAGAAGGAUAAUACGAAGUGCAAAGAGAAGGAGAGUGAUGGUGGUGCCGGAGAUGGGAAAGGAAGCAAGCAUAAGAAGCACAGGAGAAGGAGAAAGGGGGAAGAGAGUGAAGGCUUUCUGAACCCAGAGUUACUAGAAACUUCCAGAAAAUCAAGAGAACCUACAAGUGGUGAAGAAAAUAAAGCAGAGUCAUUGUUUGUUCUCCCAGGUAGAGACGAUGCCACACCAGUUAGAGACGAACCAAUGGAUGCAGAAUCCGUCACUUUCAAAUCGGUGUCUGAAAAAGACAAGAGAGAGAAGGAUAAACCAAAAGCAAAAGGUGACAAGACCAAACGGAAAAAUGAUGGAUCUACUGUGUCCAAAAAAGAAAACGUUGUCAAGCCUGCUAAAGGGCCCCAAGAAAAACUAGAGGGGGAGCGUGAGAAGUCUCCUCGACCUGAACCCCCGCUGAAGAAGGCCAAAGAGGAGACCCCAAAGACUGACGGUGCCAAGUCCUCGUCUUCCUCCCAGAAAGACGAAAAGGCCACCGGCACACCCCGGAAAGCGCAUUCCAAGUCAGUCAAAGAGCAGCCAGAGCCCAGGCCGCUCAAAGAGGAGAAAGUGAAGAAGGAGCACGUGAAAGAUGUCAAGCCAGAAAAGCCAGCUGGGAAGGACGAAAAGGCCAAGAAGCCCAGUGAGAAAAGCAAGCCGCUUGACAGCAAGGGGGAGAAAAGAAAAAGAAAAACCGAAGAAAAGAGUAUCGAUAAAGAUUUUGAGUCAUCUUCCCUGAAAAUCUCCAAAGUAGAAGGAAGUGAAAUUGUGAAGCCAUCACCGAAACGCAAAAUGGAACCUGAUGUUGAAAAGAUGGAUAGGACCCCAGAAAAAGACAAAACUUCCUCAGCUGCCCCGGCCAAAAAAAUCAAACUCAACAGAGAAACUGGUAAAAAGAUUGGAAGUACAGAAAAUGUAUCCAAUGCAAAAGAACCCUCUGAAAAACUGGAGUCAGCGUCCAGCAGAGUUAAACAAGAAAAAGGCAAAGGAAAGGUCAGGCGAAAGGCGACCGGCUCGGAAGGUCCCAGCUCCACGCUUGUGGACUACACCAGUACGAGUUCCACGGGAGGCAGUCCUGUGAGGAAAUCUGAAGAAAAAACAGAUACGAAGCGAACGGUCAUCAAGACUCUGGAGGAAUACAACAACGACAGCACAGCUCCUGCUGAAGAUGUCAUCAUCAUGAUCCAGGUCCCUCAGUCCAAGUGGGACAAAGAUGACUUUGAAUCUGAAGAAGAAGAUGUCAGGUCCACACAGCCGGUACCAAGUGUAGGAAAACCUGCCAGUGUCAUAAAAAAUGUCAGCACCAAACCACCCGUUACAGCCAAGUACACUGAAAAAGAAAGCGAGCCGCCAGAGAAAGUUCAGAAACUCAGCAAGGAAGUGGGCCAUGAAGUGAUGCAGCAUGAGGCCAAAAGUUCAAAAACCUCUGCCUCUGGUGAAAAAGGGAGAAGCAGGGACCGAGAGCAUUCCACGUUGGAAAAGGAGAACCCUGAAAAGAGGAAGAACAGCACUCAGCCGGAGAAGGAGAGUGACGUGGACCGUCUGAACGAGCAAGGGAACUUGAAAGGUCCGUCCCAACCUUCCAAAGAGACCAGAACUUCAGAUAAGCAUGAUUCCAGCCGAGGUUCCUCAAGUAAAGACUUCACUCCCAACAGAGACAAAAAAACGGACUAUGACAGCAGAGAACAUUCGGGUUCCAAACGCAGAGAUGAAAAGAAUGAAUUGACAAGAAGAAAAGACUCUCCAUCUCGGAGUAAAGACUCUGCCUCUGCACAGAAACCUAAGCCAAGGGAGGAGAGAGAGUUGCCUAAAAAAGGAACAGGAGAGUCCAAAAAAAGUAAUUCCAGUCCCUCGAGAGACAAAAAACCUCACGAUCACAAAGCUACUUACGAUGCUAAACGCUCAAGUGAAGAGAUGAAACCUGUAGAUAAAAAUCCUUGUAAGGAUCGUGAGAAGCAUGUGUUGGAAGUGAGGAACAGCAAAGAGUCAAGUGGCAAUAAAUUACUUCCCAUACUUAACCCUCCAGACCCACAGAUUGAGAAAGAGCAAGUCCCUGGGCAAGGUGACAAGAGUGCCACCAAGCCCAAGCCCCAGGUAGGUCACUCGUCUCGACUCUCCUCCGACUUAACUAGAGAAACUGACGAAGCUGCUUUUGAACCCGACUAUAAUGAAAGUGACAGUGAGAGCAAUGUGUCUGUAAAAGAGGAAGACACUUCUGGAAAAGUUUCUAAGGAGCUGAAAGAUAAAGUAGUGGAGAAAGUCAAAGAGAGCGUGGACGCAGCAGCGGUCAGCCAGGCGGGCGUCACCAGGAGCCAUAGUCAGAGCAGCCCUAGUGUCAGUCCGAGCAGAAGUCACAGCCCUUCUGGAAGCCAAACCCGAAGCCACAGUAGCAGUGCCAGUUCUGCAGAAAGUCAGGACAGCAAGAAGAAGAAGAAGAAGAAGGAAAAGAAAAAGCACAAGAAGCAUAAAAAACAUAAGAAGCAUAAGAAGCACGCAGGCCCCGAAGCAGAACUGGAGAAAAGCCAAAAACACAAACACAAGAAGAAGAAGUCAAAGAAGAACAAAGAUAAAGAAAAGGAGAAGGAGAAAGAUGACCAAAAAGUGAAAUCUGUCAGUGUGUAGGACAGAUUUUUUAAAUUGACUUAAUUACUAAGUCAUCUGUAUUAAAUUUUGUAAUAACGUAAAGAGACUCAAGCCUUGUAAAUAAUGACAUGGAAGACCCCUGUGCUGCACUUAAAAUAUUGCUGCUUGAUUAUUCGAUUUUUACAUCAGAGCUUUAUAACACGGACUUUUGUACAGAAUUGUGAGUUGUGACCAUGUAACACGAGAGGUUUUGCCUAGGGCCUAUUAUUUUUAACCACCAUUAAUUAGUUGGGGUGGAGUUUACUGUACUGUGAAAUUUUCACAUUUGAAUUUUUUUAAUUGCCUGGCAAAAGCUGGUAUCAGUUCUAAAAUAUCAGCAGCGUAAUUUGCUGAAUUCAUUACAACCCCGUUAUGUCACUUUUUGAUUACAAUAAAAGUUUUCAGUAAACUUUUCAAA